GUUGGGCGGGCACGGCGGUGGGAGCGCUGCGCCGUGCGGGGCCGCGCGAUGUGGCUGAAGCCCGAGGAGGUGCUGCUGAAAAAUGCCCUCAAGCUGUGGGUGCAGGAGCGCUCCAACCAGUACUUCGUGCUGCAAAGGCGGCGGGGCUAUGGCGAGGAGGGCGGAGGCGGGCUGGCAGGUCUCCUGGUGGGAACGUUAGAUGCGGUGUUGGACUCAACGUCGAAAGUCGCCCCGUUUCGCAUCCUGCAUCAGACCCCCGACUCCCAGGUCUACUGGUCCAUCGCGUGCGGAUCCAGCAGAGAAGAAAUAACAGAACAUUGGGAGUGGUUAGAACACAAUGUUAUGAAGACUUUAUCAGUAUUUGAUUCAAAUGAAGACAUUACGAGCUUUGUCCAGGGAAAGAUAAGAGGUUUGAUUGCUGAAGAGGGAAAAGAUUCUUUUGUAAAAGAAGAUGAUCCUGAGAAGUUUCGUGAAGGUCUUAUGAAGUUUGAGAAGUGUUUUGGAUUACCAGAGCAGGAGAAGUUGAUAACCUACUACUCGUGCAGCUACUGGAGGGGCAGAGUGCCCUGUCAGGGAUGGCUGUAUCUUAGUACCAACUUCCUUAGCUUCUACUCAUUUUUGCUGGGAGCAGAAAUAAAACUUAUCAUCUCCUGGGAUGAAAUAUCAAAACUUGAGAAAACUUCCAAUGUGAUUCUGACAGAGAGCAUUCAUGUGUGCUCCCGUGGGGAAGAUCAUUAUUUUUCCAUGUUUUUGCACAUUAGUGAAACAUUCCUUCUCAUGGAGCAGCUGGCAAACUAUGCAGUUAGAAGACUUUUUGACAAGGAGACGUUUGAGAAUGAUCCAGUCCUUCAUGACCCUCUGCAGAUCACCAAGAGAGGCCUGGAGAGCCAUGCCCACAGCGAGCAGUUUAGUGCAUUCUUCAGGCUACCUAAAGAAGAGUCCUUGAAGGAAGUUCAUGAGUGCUUCUUAUGGGUUCCUUUCAGUCAUUAUAACACUCAUGGGAAAAUGUGCAUUUCAGAAAACUACAUCUGCUUUGCUAGCCAGGAUGGCAGCCUGUGCAGUGUAAUCAUUCCGCUGAGAGAGGUCACAGGGGUGGAUAAAGCAGAUGCAGCCAACAGGGGAGUCAGCAUUAGUACCAAAGGGAAAACAGCUUUUCGUUUCACAGAGGUGAGAGAUUUUGAACUGCUCGUGGCAAAGCUCAGAAUGAAGUGCAAUGCAACUGCAAGUCCACAACACGUCAUAAGUACUGAGGUUGCAGCUAGUUCUGCUGCUGACAGUCCAAAGGAUUUUGGUUCAGGACAGUCAAAGAUGGGCCAGAGAGAUAACAGCAAAACUGUCAGUACAGAAGCACUGAUGACUGUCUACCAUCCUCAGGAUGCUGAGAACCUUGACUCUAAAAUGUUGAAAGAAAAAAUGAAGGAACAGUCGUGGAACAUCCUAUUUGCGGAGCGGGGCCAUGGGGUCAGCAUGUUUCGAACAAAGAAGACUCGAGACCUAGUUGUAAGAGGCAUCCCAGAGGCAUUAAGAGGAGAGCUCUGGCUCCUCUUCUCAGGUGCUGUAAAUGACAUGGCAUCCAACCCUGGUUAUUACACUGAGCUGGUGGAAAAGUCCUUAGGAACGUGCACCUUGGCUACUGACGAGAUUGAACGAGAUCUACGCCGCUCCUUACCUGAGCAUCCUGCUUUUCAAAGUGACACGGGAAUUUCUGCCCUCAGGAGAGUCCUUACAGCUUAUGCAUUCAGGAAUCCACAAAUUGGAUAUUGUCAGGCAAUGAAUAUUCUGACAUCAGUGCUUCUGCUGUAUGCUAAAGAGGAGGAAGCAUUCUGGCUUUUGGUUGCUGUGUGUGAAAGGAUGCUCCCCGAUUAUUUCAAUCGCCGAAUCAUUGGUGCCUUGGUAGAUCAGGCAGUGUUUGAGGAGCUCAUCAGGGUUCACCUGCCUCAGUUGACAGACCACAUGACGGACAUGACUUUUUUCUCCUCGGUCUCUCUCUCCUGGUUCCUUACCCUUUUUAUCAGUGUGCUGCCAAUUGAAAGUGCAGUCAAUGUGGUGGACUGCUUCUUCUAUGAUGGAAUAAAGGCAAUCUUGCAGCUGGGCCUUGCAGUGCUGGAAUACAACAUGGAGAAGUUGCUCACUUGUAAGGAUGAUGCAGAAGCAGUCACUGUUCUCAACAGAUUUUUUGACAGUGUCACUAACAAAGACAGUCCUUUACCUCCAGCUGUGCAGCAGGGCUCCAGCCUCAGCGAUACAAAGAGUGACCAUCCAAAAGUGGACAUCACUGAUCUGAUCCGAGAGUCAAAUGAAAGAUACGGUGAUAUUCGCUAUGAGGAUGUUGAGAGCUUGCGCUGCAGGAACAGGCUUUAUGUGAUCCAGACCUUGGAAACCACAACCAAGCAGAACGUGCUACGUGUUGUGUCUCAAGAAGUAAAAUUCAGUCCGAGUGAUCUUGAAGAGCUUUAUGAAUUAUUCAAGAGGGAGCAUUUUCUUUCCUGUUACUGGAGUGUAAAUAGUCCUGUCCUGCAGCACCACGAUGCCAGUCUGCCCUACCUUGACCAGUACCGGAUUGAUUGCCAGCAGUUCAGGGUUCUCUGCCAUCUCCUGAGCCCCUGGUCACACUGUGCAAACAGAGACUCCCUGGCCCUGUGGACAUUCCGACUGAUGGAUGAGAGCUCCAGCUGCCUUAUAAACUUCAAACAAUUUGCCUGUGUUCUUGAUACGAUGUAUAACGGAAGCUUCACUGACAAACUCAAGCUUCUUUUUAAGUUGCACAUCCCUCCAGCUUUUACUGAAGUAGAGUCUCUAAGCCCUUCCAAAGGGGAUGAUCUUUCAAAAGAAGAACUGAUCCACUUCAGCCAACUCAGUUUUUCUUCUGUUGGGGAUAAUCUUGAAGAUGAUUCUUUGAAGAGCAGCCCAGAAAAAGGGAAGGGGAAGGUUGAUAUUCAGACAUAUCUGAAGCAAUGGCAAGAUGAACUUCUUAAAAAAGAAGAAAACGUCAAGGAUUUGCCAAGAAUGAACCAGUCUCAGUUCAUCCAGUUCUCAAAAACUCUCUACAAUCUGUUCCAUGGGGAUCCUGAGGAGGAGCUCCUGUACCGGGCCAUCGCGGUGGUGACCAGCCUCCUGCUGAAAAUGGAAGAAGUUGGCAGAAGGCUGCAGAGUCCCCUGCCCCCUGUCAAAAGUCCAGUUGCUGUUACAGAAAUGGCUGCUGAGGUGCCCAGAGCGAGGCAGGAGGAGAGCAGCUCUCAGCAGACUGACGGCAGUAGGGCACAGAGUUUGGAAGGGAACCAUGAAUGGUCUUUUGCCUUUGAACAGAUUCUGGCAUCCUUAUUAAAUGAGCCAGCCUUGGUGAGAUUUUUUGAAAAACCUCACGACAUAAAAGCUAAAAUAGAGAGUGCUAAAAAUUUGCAACUUAAAGCAAGAACCAGAGUGUAAUUUUCUUUACAUUUGGCUCUGAAUUAAUCACAUAAAGUGCUUACAAAUGAAGGCUGUAACUGUGGAAAUCAAGUCUGGUGUUGACAUAGGGAAUGAAGUUUGAAGAAUUAGCUUUAAGUAUCAGAUUACUGGUAUGUAAUGUAAAUAAAAAUAGUUUGAAGCACAGUCACUUUCUUGCAUUGUUCAUAAGUUUCACUCCAAAAAAAGGGACUGAAUAAUAAACUGUCUUUACCAUGGUUUUAAAACAUGCAGCAUUGCUUGGAGAUACUGGAUGUGUACCUGUUGCAAACCUGUCUGAAUGUUAGAGUAUGUGUUCUCCAGGUUAUUUUCUAUUAUUGUGAUAAAAGGAAUGACUUUUUCCCAUUUUCACUUUAAAGGAGUGUCGACAGCUUGGAGGCUGUCUUCCACAUUAAUUAGUUAUUUCCAGAUUGCUUGUGGACUGGGGCCAAAGCAGGGUGAAGGCUAAGAACAGAAGCACGAGACCAUGAGAUUAGAAAAGGAAGUUGCCCUGCUCACAACUCUUCUGCUUUGAUGUUACCCAUGGGUCUGGACUCCAGCAGAUUCCAGCCCCUCUUUCCCAUUUUCAUUACCAAUCCUCCUACAAAGAAAAUGUGAAAAGGAUGGAGGUUUAUUAGGUCAUCCGGGCUGCACAAGGAUGCAGAAAUUAAUAUUGAUUGUUUAAAAUCAAGGGAAAGCAGUGGCUAAAUCUGUCUGACCCCGUGGUGGUUGUACUUUAUCUGGCAAGAGGGCCCAUUGUUGGCUCUUUAGGAGCAUGUUGAUGAAAUGUAGAGUUUGGUGGUGUUUGGAAGGCCCAAGCACAGGCCCAUCUGUAGCGGAGUGUUGACUAUUGAGCUGCCUGGGGACAGAUUGCUGUUGCUUUUUUACCCUGAGUCUGUAUCUCAACCCAGUAAUUCCUAUUGCUUUUCUCUAGCACUCUGCAUUACUGCUGCUGUAAUAUUUUCCAUCUGUCAGGAUUCAAGGCAAGAAGAAAAUCCCCUUGAAUCUGACUUGAAAUUUUUAAUAUGUAAAAUAUGAUAUAGUGGAGAUCCUGUAAAGGAAAGCUCUGCCAGUGUAAAAGCUGAGAAAUGUUGACCUUGAAUCUUUGGUAGCUGGUGCUAGAAAGCGUUUAGAGAAGGAGGGUAGGAGCUUGUGUUUGAACAACAACAGCAAAGUGGGGAGUCUGUGCUAAACUAGUUUAAGAUGUCUGUUUCUAAAGCCUGUAUGACAAUCUCUCUGCAGAGCAGCAUUAUUUUUAUACUGUGCAUGUUUUUUUAAAGAAGCAGAACGGGGACGGUAUCUUUCUGAGGCAUUUCUUGCAAUUGUAGUGUGAAUGAAGAAUAAAACGAAUUUCUGACUUGUGUUACAGGCACUUUGUGAAAUGCCAUCAUUGAAGUUGGUGGUAUUUAUGAAUUAUGUCUUACACUCUCCUCAAUAAUCUCAGGUAUUCAUGUAAAAUAAAGUUUUAUUGAAGAAGUCCAAAAGCUAUAUCAUAUAUGUGGAAGAUAAGGAAAUUUUUUUCAGAAGCCUUCUCAAAGGAAUUGCAGUUGAUACAAUAUAGUGCUGAUUUGUAUUUUUAUGUAUAAAAUAUAAAAACUAACUUAUCCAUUUAUGUGGGUAUGGAUAGGGCCACACUGUACUACUUUUUAAAAACAUUUUCACAAAAUUGUUUAGAAACACAAAGCAGAUGAUAAUGUUUUUCUAGUCCAGGAUGUACCCAGGGAAGAUUUGAUCAGUGAGUAAUUCUGCAGAUAGCCAUGAUGAAAUUAAUGGAACCUCAGGAGAAUAGAUACAGCUGCUCAUACCAAAAGCUUUUGUAGGAUUAUGACAACAAGUAGUCACAGCUGUGAACUGUUUGCUAAUCAAGGUAAUAGAGAUGUGCAAGUCUUAAAACUCGAGGACUUUUUUGAUUGAGAGCCAAGAUGUGACGGUCUGUGUGCAGAAGGUAAAGGAACUUGCAAAGUACGACAACCUCUGUUGUUACCUGGUUGUAAAAAGGUGCUCAGUUUGUACAAUGCCCUUUUCUAUUAAUGCCCACCCAAGACACUGCACAGCCUUUGCCAGCUGGGUGGUAGCUCUUGUCAGACACCAUAUCUAUGUACAAAAAGCAAAAAUAUAUAUCAAAAUAGAUUUAAGGCAGGAAGUUAGGAUAUGUAGGGGAACACUAACUUGUAUUAACUGCAUGGAUUUUUUUUGUUCGAUUUCUUUAUAUCUUUUUCCCAAAAGGGUGGUGUCUUUAAAUUUUUCCUGUAGUACACCUGCAGGCUGAUCCAGGAAGACUAAUCACAGUGACCAGGCAUUUCCAUCCUUUUGGAACCUCUGGCUCAUGAUUGUCUGGGGAGAUGUAGCAGUAGCAGUGGCAGUGAUUUCCAGGGAGUGUUACCUAGAGGUUAUCUGCUGAGCUGCUGCCUCAGUGUAGUUGAGCUCUGCUUGUGACAGAGGAACUCUGGAGUUUGUUUAGCUUCUUUCCUUCCUUUUCCUAUUCCAGCUCCUUCAAUUCCAGACAGGCUGGCUAACAAAUAGAUGCAGGUUUAGCUGGGACUGGCGGAGCUACAACAACAGCAGCUCGGUCCCUUCCUUCACUCCUUUGACUUCAAAUCCUUCCCAGUCAGGGACAGAGAUCCCUGAGCCCUGCUGCUUCUUGGCUAGGUGAGGGUGGUGGUACAGAGACGGCCCCAGACUCCCAUCACGUCACCUGAGGCUGCUGGGUGUGCACACGAACAGGAAGCAGCUUGGUGAAAGUGAAUUCUGUGGUGCCACUCCCCUGUUACUUUUCUUCUGGAAGUUUCCACCAAGUUUUCCGCCUUUAUUUUCAGGUUCAGUCACAGGAAAUAAAUGAGGGUGCACCACUCAGUACGAAAUAGCUGCGGGUAGGCCGUAGGUUGCUACAACUACUGAUGCUGUUUGUGCAGUUUGGCUGUUGCAGCGCCUGCUGCAGUGUGUCUUGGCAGCUGUGUCGUGGUCACCCUGCAGCGCUGGCAGUGGCUGUGGGGGACGCUGCACACUCCUUCCUUGUGGCUGGGCCCUCGUUGCUGUGUGCUGAGAUGCCUUUUGUCGGAUGUAAUCAGUAGCCUGGGGACAACAGCCAGCAGAGCUGUGAUGUUCCUGGUCUUGCCCUAUGGAAUGUGCUGCUCCCCGUGCUCUGGGGUGACCAGUGACAGCCCUGACCCCCACAUGGAACUGGCUGCUUGGCCUCUGUGUGCCCAGCUCGGCCCUUGGGCAUGUGAGGGCAGAUAAUGAAAAUACCAGCUCUUUCCACCAUGGGGAACAACUGAUAGCAAUUAAACCUGUAGCAUUUUCCAGGACCUGGAAGGUGGCUGCUGCCACGUGAUACAGAAAAAUCACUUUUUGUUUCCAUCCAUUCCUAAAACAAGCCACUUGUUUAUCACUCUAAUGGCUGAAUAAUAAUGUAAUUUUUAGAAGGGUUUGCUACCAUAGUGACUGAAAAAUAGCUGUGUGUUGAUUUUAUCAGAAGUUUCUCAUCCACUUGUACCAUACGGGGUUCUUGAUUGUGAUUGCUGUUGUUAUCUGGACUAAAACAGAAGGAAAUACUCAGAUUUGUUUCCAGAAAAAUAGGCUGUUUUGUCUUUUUUACUGUAGCUUUGUCAGUUUACCAAUACGGCGGCACACAUUUGUGUUGACAGCCUGGCUUUUAUAUAAUGUGUUGUAUGCAGAGGUAUUGUAAGACAGAGGAGGUGUUAAAUAAAAUAUUGUUUCCUUUAAGAAAAAAAAAAACAAAAAACCCCUGUGUUGGAGACACUAUUAUUUCUCGGGAUGGCCUGCUGCAGAAGUUCCUUCAGGAGCCAUAUUUAGUCAGUGCUUUGCAAAACAAGGAGCAAACCAAAGGCCCUGCUGGGACAGGAGGGGAGGAAACAUGGAGACUGUGACAGGUAGAAGAAUUAUAAAAGAAAGGCCUCACAAAAUCAGGCCUGCUCUAUUAAAUUAAUAGCUUGCCUGUCAUAUUUUCAAAGUGUAAUUAAGCAAUUUGCAAGUUCCCAUGUGAAAACAAUCUUGGUAUGAAAGGUUCCUUGACACAACAACCUAUACUUGGGUUGAAAAAUAAGUGCAUCUGUGUAAACAGUGAGAUCUGUUCCAUGAGAACCCAUAAAGGAAAAAUGUCAACAACCUAAAUCUUAGCACGUACACACAAAACACCUGGCCAAAAAAUGAAGUGGUAAGAAAACUACCAGCCAAUGGGUGUUGCACACGAGGUCUGUGAAAACUGUGUAAAAUAAGUGAUGUGACUAAAGAAUUGGCUUUUCCCUCAUGUAGAAAAUGGAGUUUCGGCUGACUUAGUACAACAGGAGACCCAUAUUUUGGAGCCUGAGCUGGCUUCAGUGCUGAGCUGGUGAGUACGGGCACAGUGUGCAGACGCCGAUGCCUUGUUCUUUCUAAUUUAUGAUUAAUUUCUCCGCUUGCCUCUGGCACUGCUCACAGAAAUCCCAGUCCUUGUCCUGAGCCUUCAGCUGUCCAUGCACACGGACACGAUGGCUGCUGCUCUUGUCUCCUGGAGAGCAGGGAUCAGACCCUGAUCCCUAACACACCCACACCACCCAGGGAAUAACAAGAGUACAUAGUGUGUAAGAGGUCCUAAAAGUAUUAUUUUAUUUCUUCUUAAUUUUUUUUUUUUUUAAAUACUAUGUACAAUCUGUUUAAAGCUCGUCAAAAUGCAUGGGCUCCCAUUCAAUGGAGCUGUGCAGGGACAUAGAUUCAAAACAAGAAUAAAAUCUUUAC